AUGGCGGCAGCGACCAUCUGCUUCGGGGGGCUCUGCAUUCCCGUGUACGCGCUGCUGCCGGUCGCGUUCGUGGUGCUCCAGGGACUUUGGAACUGGUUCCGCAAACAUGUGCUUGGCCAGACUGACAAGGAAAGCGUCCCCGAGAAUAGUCGGGUAAUCCAUGUGACGUCGCAGCAGCAGUUCCAAGAGCUCGUCACAAAGGGCAAGACAACCAAACGGUGUGUGGUCGUGGACUUUUCCGCCACGUGGUGCGGCCCUUGUCGCUACAUUGGCCCGAUAUUCCAUGAGCUGAGCGCCAAGUACCCGCACACGAUCUUCCUGAAAGUCGACGUGGACGAGCUCCAAGCCGUGUCACAAAGCUGUGGCGUGACAGCCAUGCCGACGUUUCAGUUUUUCCACAAUGGCGUCAAGUGCGACGAGUUGCUUGGGGCAGACAAGAGCGCUCUGGAGGUGCGCAUCCAGAAGCAUUAUGUGGAGGUGGAACUGCCUGAGAACGAGAAGCCAGGCAUGGCGAAGGCUCAUGUUGAUUGA